AUGACGCGCUACGUAUCGAUUGCCUACGAGCAAGAGGAGCUCGGGGAGAAGCAUGACCUAGGCUGCAAAUGCUGUCGCAUGCGCACGGGUGCCGAUUUACCAAUCCCUUCUGGCCUAGACAUUGACGAGAUCGCGGUGGAGGCGCGUAGAUUUCGCAUGUCCAUAUUCCGCGACUGGACGAGACUCAACGCCAUUUUGAAGCGCUUCGAGUUCAAGAUUCAGAAACGCUGGAUGAAGAAGAGCAUGAAGCAGAAGCGUGAGAUAUUGCUCAAGGCCCGACCCGAACUCUCCAUAACUCACCGUCCGGACUACGUGAACUUCCGGAACAUCAGCAAGCAGGCCAGCAGGUCUCGAACAUGUCGAAGCGAGGCGUUCUUGUGGCCAUAUCUCAAUGUGGAAGACUUGCAGCAGCGUCAUCUGCUUCUACUCUUUUUGAAAUCGCGCGGUCGCAACUUGCCUGACAUUUUCCGCAUAAGUGACAUCAAUCUCGCACACCUUGGCCCAGGAUGGGACGAUCACGUCAACCUGUCUGCGUUGGGAGGAUUCUGCUGCGACGAGCACUUCGACGACACUCCGGACAUCCCGCAAUCAUGCAUGCUCUUCCAGAAGAAACACUCGCCCACAGCAUACGGUCAAGUGCUCGAGGGCAAGGAUGUUGAGCUUCUAGACCCCAGCCAGUUCCCCUACAUACGUGAUGCGAAAGAGGGCUUGCUAUGCCUGGAGAUUCAAGCGGGGACGUACAGCUUCUUGCUCGCGUGUGCGAAGCUCGUUCUGCACGACAUAGACGCCUCCGUACUCUUCUUCACUGCAGCACACCAGCAGGAGCCAUCGGUGGACCAUUUCACUCGUCCUGAGUAUCACUCCUUGACUGGACACUUUCUGGAAGCUCCAUAUGGUGUGCCACAGGCUCUCGACAUUGCACGAUUGAAGAACCUGGUUGGCGGUAGACGCUCGUCAGCAGAAGAUCACAUAUGGAUGCUAAAGGAGAACCCCGCCUAUUUCGUUGAUACGUAUAGAGAUUGGGCCGAACACAAUCACCAUCGGCCUCACAAGAUCUGCAACUGCAAGAACUGUCGCGAUCACAUUGCGGCCCGAGUGCUGGAUAAUGCAUUCAGAUCCUUCAUCUACUGGGACGACAUCUAUCGCAAGCUCUGUACAAUGCCUACUCUCAAGGUCCAGAUGAGUCGCGCAGACGAGUCUCGAGUGAGACUUGCGGACGAAGACUGCGAACGCUGGGCUGCUUUGAUGGUGUUGUCUGGCAGAUGUUAG